AUGRACCAGAUGAUGGAGAGAAUGGAGCGAUGGGAGAGGAGUGGUCUCCCUACCUCCCCCUCAGUUCUGCMUUCGAUGACUCAACCCAUUCCUCCGGCGGCGUCCGGCUCCAGCGUAAUUCGCCUCGCACCCCCGAGGGAGUACGAUGKAGCGGCUGCUGGGUGCCAGGGCUUUUUGCUCCAGCUCGAGCUAUACCUGGCUACCGUUCGUCCGGCCCCCUCGGGUGAAGAGAGUGUGAGCGUCCUCGUCUCCUGCCUGACAGUCUUCACCAAGUAUCUCCUCAUCAAAAGCAUCUUCCUCCAGGAAGUCCAUGACCUCAUUGUCCUCCUCAUCCUGCAGCCCUUCCUCAGCGAUGACCCUUCAGCACUUAAGGAGAUCAUGAAUGGAAGGGAAAUGUGUAGCAACAAGUUAACAACCUGUUGGCAAGCACUGUUUUCCCCACCCCUCCCUGUUAAUAUUAUUCUUUUAAAGAUUCAUCUUUGUCAAGCCGCCAAAGUGGAGAGUGUGAUUGCAGUAGGGGGUGCUUCUCGUUUCAGUGCUUCUUCGGGGGGAGGUGUUGGUAGGGGUGCACCUCAGCACUAUCCCAAGACUGUCGGCAACAGCGAGUUCCUGGGGAAAACCCCCGGGCACAGCGCUCCGAAAUGGGUUCCUUCACGAAGCACUAGACGAGAUGCCAACUCCAGCAACGAAAAAGAGCGACACGAUGCAAUCUUCAGGAAAGUGAGAGGCAUACUCAACAAGCUCACGCCUGAGAAGUUUGACAAGCUAUGCCUUGAGCUCCUGAAUGUGGGCGUAGAUACAAAACUCGUCCUUAAAGCGAUCAUCUUGCUGAUUGUAGACAAAGCCCUAGAAGAGCCGAAGUAUAGCUCACUCUAUGCGCAGCUAUGUCUGCGUUUGGCAGAGGACGCACCAAACUUUGAUGGCCCUUCGCCCGAGAUCCAAACAUCCCAAAAGCAGAGCACUACCUUCAGGAGACUUCUAAUUUCCAAGCUUCAAGAUGAAUUUGAAAACCGCAGCAGAAAUGUUGAAAUCUAUGACAAACAUGACAACCCUCUUACUUCUGAGGAGGAGGAGCAGCGUGCCAUUGCCAAGAUCAAGAUGCUUGGCAACAUUAAAUUCAUCUCGGAACUUGGCAAACUCGACCUCAUCCAUGAAUCUAUCCUUCAUAAGUGCAUCAAAACACUUUUGGAAAAGAAGAAGAGAGUCCAACUCAAGGAUAUGGGGGAGGAUCUGGAGUGCCUCUGUCAGAUAAUGAGAACAGUGGGGCCUAGACUCGACCAUGAAAAAGCUAAGUCUUUAAUGGACCAGUACUUUGGCCGUAUGUUAUCCUUAAUGAACAACAAGGAAUUGCCCGCCAGGAUCCGCUUCCUGCUGCAGGACACGGUAGAGCUGCGAGACAACAACUGGGUCCCCCGCAAAGCUUUCAUCGACAACGGACCAAAGACCAUCAACCAGAUCCGUCAGGAGGCAGUGAAAGAUUUGGGUGUUUUCAUCCCAGCGACCAUGGCUCAGGGAAUGAGGAUGGACUUCUUCCUGGAAGGCCCUUUUAUGCCAAACCGGAUGAAAAUGGAGACUCUCGGGGGAUUGGCUGACAUGUUUGGACAAAUGCCAGGUGGUGGGAUAGGGACGGGCCCGGGGGUCAUUCAGGACAGGUUCUCUCCCACUCUGGGACGUCAUCGCUCCAACCCGCUCUUCAACGUCAACGGACAUAACGGCCACAACACUGCCCCCCAACCACAGUCUCCGUUCGAAAUUGGAGCCAACAAAUCUUUUAUCAAGUCCAACCAGGUUCAGAAUCAGCAUUUCCAGAACCAGAACCACCAGAGCCAGCAACAGCAGGUCCAGUCCAACAAGGACAUGCCUCCACGUUUCAGCAAGAAGGGACAACUCAACCUAGAAGAGAUCAGCCUGAGACCAGCUCAGUCGUUCCUCCUGAAUAAGAACCAGGUUCCCAAGCUGCAGCCCCAAAUCCCCACCAUGAUCCCCCCCAGUGCCCAGCCCCCCCGCACCAACACCCCUCCAUUGGGACAGUCUCCACAGCUCGGCCUCAAAAGCAACCCUCCUCCCAUUCAUGAGAAACCUCAUAAGAUCAGCAAGAAACCACCGCCGGCUAGGGAGGAGCUGCUGAAAAUGACCGAGACUGUUGUAACGGAAUACCUGAACAGCAAAAACAUUGAUGAUGCUGUGAACGGUGUCAGAGAGAUGAAGGCUCCCAAGCACUUCCUGCCGGAGAUGCUGAGUAAGAUCAUUGUGGUGUCGCUGGACCGGUCAGAUGAGGAUAAGGAGCAUGCCAGCACCCUCAUACACACGCUACGCACAGAAGGCCUCGUUACCGGGGAUAACUUCAUGCAGGCUUUCCUCAACGUGCUUGACCAGUGCCCUAAGAUCGAGGUGGACGUGCCGCUUGUGAAGUCCUACCUGGCCCAGUUUGCAGCCCUGGCCCUCAUAUCUGAGCUGGUGAGCGUGUCUGAGCUGGCCCACCCUCUGGAGAAUGGAACCCACUUCCCCCUCUUCCUGCUCUGUCUGCAGCAGACUGCCAAGCUCACGGACAAGGAGUGGCUCACUGACCUCUUCCAACAGAGCAAGGUCAACAUGCAGAAGAUGCUACCUGAGAUUGACCAGAACAAGGACCGCAUGUUGGAGAUCCUGGAGGGUAAGGGCCUGAGCUUCCUGUUCCCCCUGUUGAAGCUUGAGAAGGACCUGCUGCUGCAGAUCAAGGCAGACCCCUCACCGCAGGCCAUCUACAAGUGGAUCAAAGACAACAUCUCCCCCAAGCUCCACACCGAUAAGGGUUUUGUCAACAUCCUCAUGACCAGUUUCUUGCAGUACAUCUCAGGGGAGCUGUGUUGUGUGGAGGAGGAGGAGGAGGGCAGUGGUGGAGAGGAGCAGGCGGCGGGGCCCUCCAAAGAGCAGCUGGACCAAGAGAAGCAGCUGCUGCUGGCCUUCAAACCCGUCAUGCAGAAGUUCCUACACGACCAGCCCCAGCUGCAGGUCUCAGCCCUGUACGCCCUGCAGGUGCACUGCCACGCCAGCCACUUUCCCAAAGGUAUGCUGCUGCGCUACUAUGUCCACUUCUACGACAUGGAGAUCAUUGAAGAAGAAGCCUUCCUUGCAUGGAAAGAAGAUAUUACCCAAGAWUUCCCUGGAAAGGGAAAAGCUUUAUUCCAGGUCAACCAGUGGCUAACCUGGCUGGAAACAGCUGAGGAAGAGGAGUCAGAAGAAGAGGCUGACUGAGAAACCAACCAGAACUGUCAGGCACCAUAGAGAGUAGAGAAACAUACCUUGACAUACAGUACAGCUAUCUAUUACCACCCUAAUCUCCCCUUUAACUAACCACUGCCAGAGACUGCUUUUGUCCUGCAAUAAUUAGCCAAGCAUGUUAUCAUGGCAUAGUAGAUAACCAUCGAGCUCUGUAUAGGCACUGAAGCCUCCCCUGUAUUAUAGACUGAGAAAUACGUUCCCUUUCACCUUUAUUUUAACGGUUGAUUUGUUUUGGGUCCCUGUCCUGUUUCUGCAAUAUGAAUUUAAUGUAGCCUAUGGACUGUCUCAAACCACAUCUGUACUUUCUUUGUUUUGCUCCUACUGUAACCACGUAGUUAGUUUUGCCACAUUAACUGAAUGACAAGUAUUGCAUUAACACUAUUUGAUAUGAUUUGUUAUCCCCUUUGAAGAAAAUGUUUGACACCUGUUUUAGCCUUAGGGUAUGCAAAAAAUAUGUCCAAUCUAGAGAGUAAGUCAACAGAACCAUGGUCUUUGUGUGCUUGGUCAACUGAAGCUUGUCUGAAAUCUUUGUUUUAAACCAAAGAUCUCUUCGAAUGCCCUGUUGCUGAUAAGGAGCAUGUUGCAUUUUGUUUAUGGGAAUUCUAUUCUUCCCACGCAAGGCUGUAGUGGUUGCAAUACUCAUUCUUCAAUUGUUACAUAAAAUCAUAAACUGUAAGUUAAUCAUUGAUGUGCUGCCGUAACGUUUCAAAUGUUGCCUUUGUUUUUACCUCUUAGAUGGGCUUCGUGUUUCAUGUUGGGAUACAGAAUAUCCUUUUUUUUAGAGAAAUGCCUAUACAAGAAAGCCCAGCCCAAUGCAGAAAUGUUGAUAUAAAUAUCCUGGUCUACUAACACAAUACAACCCCUGGAUUGGACUUCCAAUGAAGCUCGAUCUGGUUUACUAGUGUGAAGAUCACAAAAGUCACCUUUUUUAAAAUUAAUUGGAUAACUUCUUACCUCCGCAUCCCUUUUGCCUGUAACGUUUGUCAAAGGUGCGGGUACAGGAAUAUAUUUUCCCCAGCAUAUUGAGUUUGUACCGAUAUGUUUAAGUGAAUUUUAUACUGUCUUUUAAUUGGCGAAUAAAAGCAAUCUAAUUUUGAUCGUCCCCUUGUAUAGCGCAUAAAGGCUUACCAUACUGAACUUAAAUCUGAAUGAAAUCUUCACUUUGCCCAACAAGAUUAGCCAAUGUGCUCACAAACCAUGUGUAUGUAGAAAGCAAUGGAUUUUGAUCAUGUUGUAUUCAAGUGAUGAGUAUUGUGCACUGAUAUUGCAUAACCGUCAAUAAAGUCCAAUACUUGAGCACUGACA